GGUGUUUUAGUCCUCCCACAAGCCCUCACGAUUCAGUUCCCAGAGGGUAUCCCAAGGGACCAGGACCACAACUCCCAGAAUUCCCCGCGAUCUCGGCGCCACAGAGACGCAUAGCCCACCGAGCGCCGCGGGAUCGCGCUGCACAGUCUCCGGCGCGCCGGGGGGCCGCGGUUACGUCUGCAGAGUGGGAGACCAUGUCGAGACCCCGGAAGAGGCUGUCUGAGACUUCUGGCCCAGACAAGGGGCUAUCAGGAAAACGCACCAAAACUGGGAACUCAGGUGAGGCAUUAGAUCAAGUGGAGGACUCCAACCCUCAGACGACUUCAGCCAGUAAACACUGUGUGAAGAAUCUAAGCAGCCACUGGCUGAUGAAGUCGGAGCCAGAGAGCCGACUCGAGAAAGGUGUAGAUGUGAAGUUCAGCAUUGAGGAUCUCAAAGCACAGCCCAAGCAGACAACAUGCUGGGAUGGUGUUCGUAACUACCAGGCUCGAAACUUCCUUAGAGCCAUGAAGCUGGGAGAAGAAGCCUUCUUCUACCAUAGCAACUGCAAAGAGCCAGGCAUCGCAGGACUUAUGAAGAUCGUGAAAGAGGCUUACCCAGACCACACACAGUUUGAGAAAAACGAUCCCCAUUAUGACCCAUCCAGCAAAGAGGACAAUCCUAAGUGGUCCAUGGUGGAUGUGCAGUUUGUUCGGAUGAUGAAGCGUUUCAUUCCCCUGGCUGAACUCAAAUCCUAUCAUCAAGCUCACAAAGCUUCUGGUGGCCCCUUAAAAAAUAUGGUUCUCUUCACUCGCCAGAGAUUAUCAAUUCAGCCCCUGACUCAAGAAGAGUUUGAUUUUAUUUUGAGCCUGGAGAAAAAGGAACCAAGUUAAGUGAGAUACUACUGCUGGAAUGGGCAAUAUUACUCCAAAGAAGUCAAGGAUUUUUCAGAGAAAAGAAGGUGUGAGAGGGCUUGCUUGUUAUGCUCACCUGGGCUUGUGUACCUAGUGGUUUUGUGUACUUUUUUCCAAUAAAAUAAUAUCAAAGUUGAAAAA